AGAACACUGGGGAAAAACAAUUAAAGUAAGCCGGAUCACCGCUCCUUCUAUUCGUUUCUAACUCUCCUCUCCUUCUGGGCUCCGGUGCGCAUGCGCAGCCUGACAGCGAACCACAUGCCUCCUCCUGCCUCGCUCUGCUCCGCGCUCAGUGUCAGAGCAGACACAGACAGAGAUGCUCACAGCCGGGAGUCCGCAGCUCAGAGAUGCUCACAGCUCCGACCCAGAGCCGGCGGUACCGAUAGCUCCACACCUCCUCACUGAAGCCUCCUCCAACCCCGUCCUCCAGUGACAUGGGUUAAAGAAAAACAUGGGAGACUUUGACACACUUUGCACGUCAUCAUCAUCGUGGGAAACGCGCUGGAGAGCGGGGCUGCCGAGCGGCUGAAUUAAAAUCUCAGUAGAAUAAAGACUUCACAUUAGGGGGGGAAACCGGGAAUAAGGCAGAUAUCUUUCAGUCAUUUCUACCCACGGAUCUUCUCCCCACUCCGCUCUUCAGAGAUGAUCACGGAGCUGCUGUGCACCGCCGUGGCUCUGGGUCUCUACUGGAACACGUUGGACGCAGAUUUCUGCUACGAUGACAGCCGAGCAAUCAAGACCAACCAGGACCUUUUCCCUGAGACUCCAUGGACCAACAUUUUCUAUGAUGAUUUCUGGGGCACUCUUCUGACCCACAGUGGCAGCCACAAGUCCUUCCGUCCACUCUGCACACUCUCUUUCCGCCUUAACUACACCCUACAUGGCCUACGACCCUGGGGCUACCACCUCCUGAACGUCAUACUGCACGGCAUUGUCACCGCAAUCUUCACAGCCUUCAGUCGGCCCCUCCUGGGUGGAGGACUGUGGAGUCUGCUGGCCGGUCUCCUGUUUGCGUCUCAUCCCAUUCACACUGAAGCAGUGGCAGGGGGGGUGGGGAGGGCAGAUGUUGGAGCUGCCCUGUUUUUCUUGCUGUCUCUUCUCUGUUAUGGGAGACACUGUGAACUUCGUCAGGAAUUGUACGGGGCGUUCAAGUCCAGUAGAUCGGAUGGCGUCUCGGUCACCAGGUGUUGGGGUUGGAUGCUGGGGAGUUUGUGGUGCGCAACAGCCAGCAUGUUGUGGAAGGAACAGGGGGUGACGGUGCUGGCUGUGUCUGCGGUCUAUGACCUCUUCAUGUUCCAAAGACUCCGUCUUCGUCAGGCUCUUCUUCUCCCGUUGGGAAAGAAAAAGAAUAUGAGCGUUCUGCUGAGUCUCGGUAUCUUGGCUUCCUGGGGAGUGUUCCUGCUGCUGGCUCGUCUUUACUGGAUGGGGAACAAACCUCCCAACUUCUCCAACUCUGACAACCCUGCGGCUGACUCACCACUUUUCCUCACCAGAACACUGACAUUCUUCUACCUGCCCGCUGCCAACGCCUGGCUUCUGCUGUGUCCAGACCAGCUCAGUUUUGAUUGGUCCAUGGAUGCGGUGCCCUUGGUUAAAUCUUUGGCUGACUGGAGGAACCUUCACAGUGUUGCCUUCUACGGUGGUUUUAUAUUUCUGUCUUUGUUUGGCCUUCGCGGUCCCACCUUAAAAGCCAGGGAGACCAAUGGAAAAGCUCACAUCACUAAUGGGAAAUCAAUCACUAACGGGAACGGUUACCAUGCCCCUGACGCAAACCACAAUACAGAGCAGGGGCCACCAAAGACCACCCUGAAUGGGUCUGCAGGAUCUCACCACUGUCCCCCACAGAGGUCCUUGCCCCCCACAGAGAACCUAGUACUGUUCUCAUUAAGUAUCCUGUCGUUGCCUUUUAUUCCAGCCACCAAUUUGUUCUUUUACGUAGGCUUUGUGAUUGCAGAGAGGGUGCUGUACAUUCCCAGUAUGGGCCUUUGUUUAUUGGUCACUGCUGGAGUGAGAACUUUAUAUGUUAGACUGAGGACUAGAGGCUGCAGACCUUUUCUGUUGUCUCUCUAUUUUGGACUCAUCAUUUUGAAUGGACUCAGAACUGUUCAAAGAAACAGAGACUGGAGCAAUGAGGAGAAUCUCUACAAGUCUGGAAUCAGUGUAAAUCCUGCUAAAGCCUGGGGAAACUUAGGAAACGUGCUGAAGAACCAGGGCAAGAUGGCGCAGGCGGAGAACGCGUACAGGAACGCUCUGCACUACAGAGGGAACAUGGCUGACAUGCUGUACAACCUUGGAUUGCUGCUGCAGGAGAACGGACGUUCCGCUGAAGCACUGCAUUAUUACAAACUGGCCAUCGGCAGUCGUCCAACACUGGCAUCGGCUUACUUAAACACAGGAAUCAUCCUGAUGAACCAAGGAAACCUGGAGGAGGCCAAACGCACUUUCCUGGUUUGUGCCGAGAUUCCAGACGAGAAUCUGAAGGACCCACACACGCACAAGAGCUCAGUCACCAGCUGCCUGUACAACCUGGGGAAGCUGCUGCACGAACAGGGCCAACAGGAGGAGGCCUUGUCUGUUUAUAAGGAAGCAGUGCAGAAAAUGCCCAGACAGUUUGCGCCACACAGCUUAUUUAACAUGAUGGGAGAGGCCUACAUGAGGCUGAAUCGUUUGGAGGAAGCAGCCCACUGGUACAGAGAGUCUCUAGGGGCCAAGCCUGACCACAUCCCUGCCCACCUCACUUAUGGCAAGCUCCUGUCCAUCACUGGUCAGACACAUGAAGCAGAGAAGUAUUUCCUCAGAGCUAUUCAUCUGGACCCUACUAAAGGAACCUGCUACAUGCACUACGGUAAGACACCUAUAUGUUUGACAAUAUUCCAAAUGUCUCCUAUUAGAAAUAAGACAACUACAAAAAUAGACAGAAAUUUUAUGGCCAGUCGAAACGAGGCAGCGGAGAAACAGUACGAGCGAGCAGCCAGCCUCAGGCCAGAUUAUCCAGCCGCUCUGAUGAACCUCGGUGCCAUCCUUCACCUGAAUGGAAAACUUUCUGAAGCAGAGGCGAACUACCUACGUGCAUUACAGCUUAAACCUGACGAUGUCAUCACUCAGUCGAACCUGCGGAAGCUGUGGAACAUCAUGGACAAGCAGGGACUUAGGACUAAGCAGAGGAGAGACGUUUUUAAGUGACAAUUGUUGCACUCGUCUGUAAAUGAUGAAGAAAAGAUCUCGAGGACAGAAAACUGGGAAAAAGACGAGUCCCUAGAUCAUGUGGUCCAUGUCUGGAGGUUCUGGUCCACAAUGCUUGGUCCGCCAUACUUGUGCAGGACGACCUGGGGUUUUGGAUCCACUGGGAUGUACUGGGAAACAGCAUUUCAGCAACGGUGCUGUAUGUUGACUCGAACUACUACAACUAACAUUGUUUUUGUACAAUAUUUCAUAUCCUGAUGGUUAAAUGUUAAAAAAAGGUCAAUUAUUUCAAAUUCAAGAAUGUAUUGAUUGAGUCAAAGGUUUUAGGAAAAAAAAAAAAAAUCUGAAUUAUUCCCUUCAAAAUGAAGCGCUUAAUUUAAAAAAGGAGGAAUAACAAAACGUAUUUAUUUUGUUUGCACAGUUUUGAAGAUGUCAAUAAGGAUUGAUUCUAUUAGGAAUACAAUGCUAAGGUCAAAGUUGCCACUAAAUGUCUUGUAAUUGGAGCUAAACCAUAGAUAAAAUCCCCAGCUGUGCCAAAAACCUGGACUGACUACCCAUGCCUGCUGUGCCAUGAUAGAGAAGAGCCUUUGUCACUGUCGUGUCUGUUUUCCUUGUAUCAAAUGAAGAUGUUUCAUUCAACUUUAAUUUAUUAUCACUGUUAUUUUUUUAUGUGAACACCUACAACACUGUGCCGUUUUACUGUUAUCAUUUCCCAGCCGUUGACACUCCAGGUCCCCACACCCUUCAUAUCGCCAUCUUGUAAAUCACAUCAUUUUUCUAAGUAUUGUGUGAUGUUUCUCUCUGCUCAGGGACGUCAGGGUUUUGAUUUCUGUCGCAGACCGGGUUUGCGACGCAGACGGACGGAGAGAAAGACAUUCUUACGAUGGUGUUUCUGCAAUGGUUGUGACUUUUGGUUAAGUUAUAGAUAAAGUGUAGCUUGAAAUGUGCCGUGUUUUUUAAAGAAAAAAGUGAAACAUUUUCCACAUUAAUAAAAGUGAUUUUUGCUCUGAGCUGUGCCAAACA